GCAUCAUGGGCUGCUCUUCGAGUGUGAGCGCGAUGCACGACGUAGAAGAAAUUGGUGAUACUCGCGUUAUGUACACGGACCGCACUGGACAAGAGUUCGUCCAGCAUUCCGUUCCAUUCAAGGAGGGCAGUCGCCGCUUCAAUUCCAUGCGCAUCAGCGACAAGGAAGCCUCCGGAACAGUCGUCCCGCUUGCAAGUACCCACAACAAGCAUGUGAAGCGGCUCGACAAGUUCUUGGCGGCCAUAGAGGAGAACCCGAGAUUGCUGGAGAAGAGGGUGCUGCCCAGCCAACUUCCGAAGCACCGCAACCAAGCGCUCCAGAAAGUUGACAAGGAAGUCUCUGAGCAGAGCCUGGCGGACGUNNGUCAGCACAGACGUGUCCAACUUUGCUUCGAGCCCUGGCAGCUGUGCAUAGAGAAG